UGUGGAGUGGUGCGGUUAUGAGCCUGCUACUUGUGGUUGUGUUCCGUUUACCCACCAUGGCACCUUUAGCAUCGUUAGGUCUUCCUUUGAUUCGACUGUCCGCUCCACGCUUGGUGAAGUAUGGGUCGGCCAUGGCGGCACACGCAUGGCAACAGAGCAGAUCGCACCGUCUACAGCCGACCGGUGACGAGCUGUAUGAGAAAACCACGGUGACGCGUAUGGAGAGAGACUCUGCAGACAUAAUGUUUAUUGAGAGCUACAGCUCCCUGGGGUUCAUCAUCAAUGGGGACCAAAUAGUGGGGCCCUGCGCUGUGCUACCCCGGAGCAUCCUGCAGUGGAACGUGGCCUCCCAUAGGAACAUCUCAUUGGAGAGUUUAUCCUUGUUUCAUCUACUGGUUCCCAAAAUAGAAAUCCUGGUGCUGGGCACAGGGGACCGGGUAGAGAGAUUAGAUCCCGCCAUUGCUAAGUUUAUGAGACAGAAAGGAGUGGCCAUAGAGAUUCAAGACACGCCCAAUGCUUGUGCCACCUAUAACUUCCUGACCAGGUGAGCGACGAGUCACCGCAGCCGCCUUAAUCCCAGUAUCUGACUAGAUGCCAGCAGCUUAUGUACUGAACUCUGUCUGUAUGUCCUGAGGACGCCCCCUGCUG